AAAAAAGGAACACAUUACGUCGAUGGAAAUUGUGUUUACAUCACUGAUGAGGACAUAAAGAUUGAAAAGUCGCCCUGUAACGUCUGCCCAAAUGGACAAGUGUGUGAUACAAAGUCUGGCGAGUGCAAGGUCAAAGAGUGCAUCAGACCAACACUAGAAAAUGGUAAAGUUCUUGGAAAUGUGUAUGAUAUAGGCAGUAAAGUUCGUUACUUGUGUAAACGUGACUUCUGGACGGAUGUAAAGCACGCUGAGUGCCAAAAUAUUGGAACGUACAGUGCCAUUCAUAUUUGUAAAAGAGAAAUAAGAAACUGCUCGGAACUGAAAAGCUGUAACUCCUCGUAUACCGACGGCGAAUACUGGCUCCAAGUCAAUGUUUUCGAAGGACGCAAAGUCAAAAUAUACUGUCAUGGAAUGUCGACGGCAACACCUUCGGAAUAUGUUACAAUUGAUGAAAACAACAACUUUGGUUACGAUGCCGGGGGUUACAACGCUACUGACGUUGGAACAUUAACAAAAUAUAAGAAAAUCAGGAUAAUCAUUGAGACGAUGACAAUUGAAAGAAAAGAUCCAACGUUUAAUGAGCCACCUACUUCGAAAAUGCACUAUGCAAAAGGCAAGAGUUGUAACUGUGUUCGCGGUGCUUGCCCACCAUGGUUAGGGUAUUUUCAAAUUUCUACUGUAGGCACUGGGAUGAAAUUUAGCGAGAAGGCUUCUUGGAUAGCAAACGGUCAUAACCCUGGAAUAGCAAACUUCUCUAGGAACGGAGACAGCACCGUUAUUUCAGCAAAUUGCGGCGGUCGCUGUGGUGGGUGUAAGCCAAAUUGGUCAUUAAACUUACUUUAUAACGAAAAGGAUGUGGUAGAAGACAGCAAAGCUAUUCAUCCCUACUGUGUGUAAAAUGAAUAACAUGUUUGUAAAUAAUGGCUUCAUCUGAGAUCCAAAAGAAACGUUAAAAGAUCGCGAGGUGCAACUUUGUCUCAAAACAAGGAUUUUGCUUACAAUGUAUUUUGUAUAUUUUAUGAAACGUGUAUUACAUGUAUUGUUUACAUUUUUAUUCAAAAUAUUAUUAGUGCCGUGUAAUUGCCUUCAUCAUAUAAGGUGAUAAGAUACGUUGAUCAUAUUCUAUAUGUGUGAGUAGAAGCUUAGGACAAUAUAUGAUAGACAUUUAUUAUAGCUACAAUGUGAUUUUAAUAAGAGUGAUCAAAUGGCGUAAACCGAGGGAAUGAUACAUCUCCCUCCUAAAAUUCUACCUAUUAUCUAAUUCAUAAGUUCAUUUUUACGAAAUUUACUAAUUUCACUAUAAAUAAGAAAAACAGAUGUAGAGAGCUACCGACGUAGACGCUUCUUCGCUCUGUAGAUGUAGACCAUAAAUCGGCCGAUCUUUCUCAUGACUCACGCUUUAACAGUGAAUCAUCUUACUGUUUUUGUUUUAACUAAGACUAUCAAUGUUAUAAAUAACUUACAAAAUAACGGUGGGUAUACUAUACUCAGGUGCCCGCUCGUGCCUGAUAUAUUACACCCAGGGUUCGUAAAACUGAGGUUAGCCACAAUCCUUUUUACUGUGUUGGUGCACAUUUGCACAAAACAAAACAUUUUUUGCGUAUCUUAAAUUGCUUAAUAAAGUUCAUAAAGUAUUGAGGACCCCUGUUUGUUUCUCAUAGAUCUCGUAAAAUAGACUUUUAACAUAAUUAAAUUGACGGACAUGUCGAUGAGAUUCUCACAGCACAGUACUCUUCAGCAAGAGUAAAUACAUAAGCCCCUUUACACUACAAAAUGUCCGUUCUACAAAAAAAUUA